UAUGUGUUCGACUCUUAAUGGAAUGUACUUUUGUUGAAGGGUUUAUAAAUAGACAGGAACUGCUUUGACCCAUACUUGUCAAUGUGUGAGUGAAAAUUAGUCCAAAGAUUGCAGCCUCUUAGAUCUCAACGGAAGAAACGUCUGGAAGACAAGUGAGUAACGCUUGAGGUCUGUGUAAAGCGAUGGUUUUUUUUUGCUUUUUCCAUUCUUAUUUUCUGCAUAACCUUCCGCUGAAAGUGGUGGGAUGAUGAACUUGAAUGCCGGUGCUUCCCCAUCGUUUUAACGAGAACGAGAGAGAAAGCGCAAGAAACAAUAUUUUAAACUGGGAUGACAUGGCUUUCGCAAUAAUGAAAAUUCCUCGACGAUUUUGCAAGAGUAUAAAAGAGUGACGUUCAACAGCUCCUGUCAGUUGAAACCGAAGUUGAUCCCAACUAUGCCCGCCAGCAUCGCAAACAUAACCCAUGGUUCCUUGGUGGUAGUAUUUUGUUUGAUUGUAAUAUCUAUGGGGAUUGUCGAGGCUCAAGAGCUGUGGAGAGACGGUAAACGGGCGUCUGAGGAGGAUCGAUUUCGAUUUGGUGGACCAAACAUGGGGUCAUCCCAAUUCCGAUUUCGUGCCAGGAGGAAUGCGCCAGAGAUAGGAGCAGGGUCCAGUCAAAUAACGAAGGAGCAAUUGAAUCAAGUCGAGAGCAUUCUUGAGAACAUGAUUGACUUCUUACGCGACGUGGGGAGACAAUUUUCUACGGACAACUCCAUCACUAGAGGGAAAAAAUCUUUGCCCGACGAUUCCCCAGGAUUCCCCAUGGACAUGGACAGCCUAGAUCCCGGAUUUGUGCAAGUUCGACCAUCCCGAGAAGGCAGACGAUACCUCUUGUGGAGAAAAAUUACUGGCUGAUUCUCUUCUUCACAUGAUUGUUGGCCUGAGUGUUAGUACUGGCCCACAAGAGGACAUGGUAGAAUGCACUCCUUUCCAGAUUUUUUAUUUCUUCACCAUUCAUUUUUCACAUCCAUUACUCGUACAACUUUGACAAAGUUCUUCCUAGUGUUCCACAAUUCAAAAUGUAAUUGCUUGUGUUAUUCUGAGAAGAAACCACCAAUAUCAGCCAACAUUCUGAUCUAAGUACUGACGAUUGAGAAUUGACGUACGUUCAUGCAUGUAUUAGUUGUCCUCUUAUUUAUAUACCACACAACGUACAAAGGUGGUGAACGGCAAAUAUAUAUAUAUAUAUAUAUUGGGCCGAUGUGAAGCUAUCUACUAUCUACUAUAUCAAUGCCCAUGACUAAAAGGAAAUUCAUUUGCUUGUGAUGGCUCUGACUUGUGAUGGCUCAGUAUAUUGAUUGCAUUUAUUCUACUCAAUCAAUCCCACCACCUUAUGAAUUGUUAACCAAGAUAGCCAAAUAAACUGUGCGUUCAAAUCUUUCAUAUUUUGAAGUAUCUUUCAAGACCCUUACCGUCUAACCCAGAGCAAAAAAAGCAGUACGAUUGAAGGGGAGAAUGUCUUGGAAAUGUGAUAAAGAAUUGUUUCUUGAAUGUCAUUCUUACUCCAGUGAUUGGGAACGACAUCGGAAAAACAGUACAAUUGUGUGUAGCCUGUGGCAAAAAUAUUGUGAAAACAUCAAACUGAUUCCACGUGCCCCUAUGACUUGAGCCAAAAUGAUGGCCACCGACCAAGUAGACAGGCAAAGAAAUUCGGUACAAUGGAUUAUGAAGAGGACAAGCUCUACACGCAAAAGCAUUUCAAGAGGCUUGGGAAAGAUGAAGAGCUGGGGGCAAAAGAGCCAAGCGAGCGAGUGGGAGAUAUGGGACCGAGGAUGUGACUUCAUGAAUUUUCUCAUCUUGAAAAUUCUUUUUUGGGACAUUGUCAUCUCGAUCGGUGAUGGGAUUUCGGAUUUUGCCCAAGGCAUUAACUUGAUCAUGACCGAAAAGCAAGCCGUUUAUGGUUAUCUGACGAUAGCCAUUAAUUGGCUACCAGGACUUGUGGCUGUUUUUCAUCUUCUUUCCUCAUACCGCGCCAAAAUAGCGACUGCCAAAUUGUUUCUUUACUCUAUGCUUUUACUGCUUUUUUACCCCCUCGUGCCCACGUUGGCUUUUGUUCGUCUUUUGUGGAAACGGCCCAAGCUGGGCCUGAAUCAGGAGUCAAAUGCUGUGGAGAAUUCUGAGUUUCAAGAGGCCCAAUAUCAAGCCAAGAUUGCUCAUAGUAUUACCGGAGGCAUAGAAUCACCAAUUCAACUGAUCCUGCAGAUUUGGAUGAUUCUCAAUGGAAAGAUACCGGCGCCAUUUUCUUUGUCAGAAACACCUCCAAUGACGGUGGAUUGGCAUGGAAACAAAAUUUCGGUACCAACUAUUUCAUCAAUAUCUAUGAUAUUUUCUGGAUUGAGUAUCUUCAAAGCCAUUAUCCAAUUCAAUAUUAUCAACGAACACAUCAGAGAUAUUUCCUCAAUGUGGUCGAUAGUUGAGAUCGUCGUUAAGAUCUUUGACUAUGGGCCAUUUUUUGUGAUAGGUGCCUUUUUUCGCAUCGCCACAGUUUCUGUGUUAAUCACUUAUUUAAAUGUAAUUGGCUUCGUACCAAUUGGAAUCAUAUUUUUUAUCAACUUAGCCAUUGGUUAUAGCAGGUUUGACUUUGAGAAGAUUCCAUUAUGGCUGAUCACUUGCGUAUCCCUAUUCAUGCCAGUUCAUUUCGUUAAUGGGACGAUCACCGAAAGGUCGAGACCAAGGCUAAUCGCCAUUCAGUCAGAGAUCUUCUUCUACCAAUCAUUGGCAGCCGUCGUAGUUUACCUUCCCGCAUUGUUGGCCUGCUUCGGGAAAGUCAACUACGAUUCCAAUUGGCUUUACGAUCCCAAAGUGAUCUUAAACAACCAACAAUUCAACGCCAUUAUCAUUUUACUCGUAUUGGUUGGAGUGAUGUCGUUUCUUCUCUCGAUUCGACCAGAUUGGUCAGAGUUAAUCCAAUUGAUGAAGUGCGCCAUAUUCAAGGGUAAGGAGGAGUCUCAGGAGGACGACACUUUUCAUAGUGAGUCCACUGACUUCUCCAAUCUACGGAUUGGUGGUGGACGAAAGAUUCUAGAUUCCACAGCAUCACUGAGAUACCUCAAAGAGACAUUGCCCAGGUUCAAGUCUCCGUGUAAACGCGUAUGCAAGGGAUUGUGUGUCCUGCUUGUUGUUCUGGCUCCGAUUUUUUCGGUGGCCCUCUAUUGCCUUUUGGCCGGACGAGAGAUCGUUUACAUUUCUAGAAGGAUUAGUGACAAUGAGACGGUCUCUAUUCAAGUAAGAUCACAUGUUAAAGAUGACGCCUUAGAAGGUGAACGGUAUGGCAUAUGCCAAGUCUUUCAGGGUGUGGUUCUGCAAGGCUCCCAGAUCCACUCAUACAACUCCACAUCGACCGAGUACAUGAUCAAAAUGUUCGAUGCCUUCCAAGAGCGAGAGAUUGGACCUCUACAACCGCCUUUUCCACACAACAGAAAUAUGCAGAUUUACAUCAUGGAUCGUUUCGAAGGUUGGGAAGAGUGCAAGAAGAUGGAGACCUGCAUCGGUUCAGCCUCGGCCAUCAUGAUUACCGACGGUCACGAUCGAGGCUAUUUGCCGUCGUAUCCGCCCAUUUCUUUGGAUGAUGUUCCAAGUCAGCUUCCAAUUUAUCUGGUUCAAGAGAUUGACGCUGACGUCUUAUUUGGUUUGGAAACGAGAUCAAGUUUCAAAAAGCUGAGCAAGUACCUAUUCUGUCACAAUAAGGAUCAUUUUCCAACAACAAAUUAUGAUUGUGACUUGAGUCCCAAGGAAUGUCUUCCAAAGUAUGGCAAAUCUCUUGUGGAUUCGGAUUCAAAGAAGAUUAGAGGGCAACAAUACAGGACGGUGAAAUGUUUUUGGGGCGGAGAGACUUGCAAUGGAUUUAAGAAUGAAAAAGAAAAGGAGAUGUUUUGCGACGACUCGCUGAUUAAAGAGCGAUUUUGCAAGACCAAUAACAUCGUCUUCACCCAACAUGACGACACCUCAAUCAAGGACAAACGGCAAUUUCGAGCUAUGCGAAGUCGCUCGGAGAACUUCCUGUGUCUCAAUGAAAUGAACGUGGACAAAUGCGACGAGGACAAUGAUUGGACAGACUAUGUAAGAUGCGAGGUCGCUCAAGACCGAGGUUCGAAAAGAAGGUACUGCGCGAUCAAUUACUACUGUCUCCUAGAGGAAAUUCAUUACGUCGACCCCAAAAAUUGCCUCUAGUUGUUGUUACAUUUUUUACUUUUUUAUUUUGGUUACACACGUUAAUAAAGAACACUGAUCACUGAA